UUACCUACUAUAUACAGUAAACUCUGUGCAAACCAUUUCAAAUUUUCAAUGUUCACUACUACUACUACUACUACUACUCUGUAACUUCCGUUACAUUAUCAAUUAAAAUUAGGAUCAUAACGUUACUUAAAAGGGGCUAAAUAUGGAAAAAUCUAGCAUUUUAUACGUAAAAGGAAUGAACAUGUCGGAAUCUGAGAAAGAUGAAGAAGAGGCUGAAGAUAUAUGGGAUGAUAGUAAGCUAAAUGAUGCUUAUGAUAAAGCAUUGAGAAUUGCUAGUGCUGAGGUAGCAAAAAGGGUCGCUAUGUCUACUAACACUCCUUCCUCCAAAAAUGAUUUGAAAACAAAGGCGAAAACGACAUCUCAUUCAAAUCACACGAAAAAUAAAAAAAAAGAUUUAAAAAGUCAAUGGAAGGCAGGAAUGCACUGCCGUGCCGUAUAUGAAGGAGAUGGCAUUGAGUAUGAAGCACUCUUGUUGAGGAUUAUAAAUGACAAUGAAUGUAUUGUAAGAUUUCUUGGCUAUGAAAACUCUGAAAUAGUGUUAAUAUCAACUCUUAAGGCAUCAAUGGGUAAAACAGAAAGGACACGGCAGAUUGAGGAAUCAUUAGCUGAUAAAAUAGAAGACGACUCAACAAAUUGUUCAUUCAAUGUUGAAAAGAUGGAAUGUAGUGACAGACCUCUUAGUCCCGGUAGUUCAGUUUCGUUUCAGAAAAAAAAGAAGUUGGGAAAGAAGAAACAUGGACAGAAACAGAUGAACUGCUUUGAUCUGCCCGAAAUACCGAUGCCAAAUUUUGCGCAGCUAAGAAAUAUUGGGGCAAUGGAUAUGCCGAUUCCUCCCCCACCACCGAUGAGUCUACCCCGCUGUGAAGUUGAUUCAGAAGAGCAAGCGGUAUCAUCAAUGUUACUCAGUUGGUACAUGAGCGGUUACUACACUGGAUUAUAUCAAGGAAUGAAACGGGCAAGAGAAGGGCGAAGGAAUCAUUAACAAAUUUGUUUUUAAAUAAAGUUUAUUUUUAAGUCACAUAACAUAAACUAGAAAAAAAAAUAGAAAAUGUUGUUAUCAAUUAAAAAUAAAUUAAAUUAUGCCUCCAGUUUCUGUUUAACUAUGUACAAAAUAUACAUUUUGAUACUCUGAA